UGUGUGUGUGUAAAUGUGUGUGAGCAGCUGCCAUCAGAUCUUCUAAGCUGAUAAGAGUCAUGAACAGUCAGAGUUAGAGCUAGAGCUCAAUGGGCAAGUGGAUGCUGGAGUUAAUCAGCGUUAACUUAUCAACAAGGACAGAGGGAAACUUGUUACAAUCGUUAACAGAAAAAUGUGGUAAAGCUGAGGAAUUAUGUCAUUGAUGGUUCCACUAAAGAUCAAUCAUGUUAAUGAAAGAAGCAGUCCAGGCUUCCUUUACUGAAGAAAUUCGUAGAUCUUUAAUACUUCUAGCCCAGUGGCUUUCCGUUGUCACUCUGUCCUGAGACACUUCAGUCUCAAACAGUGAGCAGCAUCUGUCAUCCACGGAGAAGUGUUGCAGAUGGCGCUGGUCUUAUAGUGUGCUACUUUAUCCAGCAGAGUGCAGCAAUGUUCACUAAAAGACCACUGAGAUUUGUAUUGCCUCCACAAAAAUAUGCUGAGAACUGCUCAGCCAUACUUGCCGUUCUGAUACGAGACCACAACGUUCUAUUGAUACACAAUAGGUCUGCGUUUACAGAACGCUCAAAGAAAAUACAUUUAUCAUCAUGAAGUAAAUGGGCAUGAUCAAUAUCUAGUCCCAAAGACAGGGUCCAAAGUAUGACCACCCAUGUAUGUGGCAUCUGAGACAUGUUGCUUAAAGUCAAAAUAAUUCAAUAAUAUAAGAUAUCCAGAGUAGCACUUCACAAUAAGGCUCCAUUCUGCCACUUGUAAAUGGCAGUAACUCAUUCAUAAAAUGAAAACAAACACGGAUGCUGUGAUAUUCCGGACAGACUCAUACGAAAUCCAGGGCUUAUAUGAAAACACUGACAGGCUGGACUUUACUCAGCGUCCUGCUGCAGUUUCAGGCAUUUCUGACUCUUAUCAGGACUCUGUGGAUAUUCUUCUUUUUCCAGUAUUAUAGAGGUAACUGUGUGCUGUAACUACAGGGAAUCAAGUGUACCUGAAACAAAUCUGUCAAUGUAACACAAACAUCUUUACCAUAAUGUCAAAUUAUUCAUACUUAUUAUGGUUGUAUUAUUAAGUCCAUGUUGAAGUAAACUCUUCCUGUGGUGAACAGUGGCAAAUUACUACAGCAGAGUUUACACACUAGGCUUUGUUUAUGUAAACGCACAAACCACCUCCAUGGCUUUUUCCGGACAAUGAGGCCUGUCUGUUGGCUUAGUAGCAUGCUAGCCUGUCAGCCAGAUGGCCGAGUCCGUGAUGCUCAAGUGUAGCCAUGUUUCCAUGAAAAUAUGGAUACGGCAGUCCCUUAUUUCAAACUGCUAGUCCAGUUUAUUGUUCGGAGGUCAAAUAUUGAAGAGCAGGAUGGACAGUAGAGUCCAGCCUCAUCUGAAUCUUCAGAGUAGCAACAAGAAGUCUGUGGUCAGAAUUCACAAUCUGGACACUUCUGUAGACGCUACGGUUCUGCAGGAGCCUCCAGCAUCUGCUCAUGAGGAUGUGAUGGAUCCCCUUCACCACACCACCAGUAUUGGAGGACCAAGUCCAACAAUGCAGCUCAGGGUGUUGGAAUCAGGAAACGGCGACUCACAGUCCCUGACGUUUUACAAAGUUAUGGAACAUGGAGCCACUUUCACCACGGUCUGCAGACCCAUGGGGACCGACACAAUCCUCAAUGCCAGCCCUGCCAGUGCCGGUGGUCGUAUUGAAGUCUCCCAUGACCAGAGGAGCGUCACCUCGUGGACACCAAUCAACCAUCGUGCGAAGUUGCGAAUAAAAUGUCUCCCUCAAUGAGAGAUCACUCACCGCGGUCGGAGCAUAAACUGAGAGAACAGGACACAAGACACCCAAGGAGUCCCUUAGCCUGAGUCUCAUAAAACGCACAUUGAAAGGAGUGACAUCAGACACCAUCGGAUGGAGCCGAUCUGCUACAGCAUCAGCUACUUCCUGAGUAUGGCAGCCAUCAGACGGACCAGACCAAAAGUAGAUGUACCCACCUGCAGAGAUCUGACCACUCCCCAGUCUGCAUACCUCAGAGAGUGCUGCCAAAAAAAUUCAGAGUUUACAAAGCUCCCCCCACAGCAGAGGAAGAUGGUCAUCUUGCCAGGGAGACAAGACGUCCCACACGCCGACCCGAAUGGGGCGCCUCAAACUGGGCCCCGAGUGCCGCCAUGCAACAGGCGAUGCCUCAGCGCUACACCAGCCCCGAUCCCCAACAGGCCCGACCCUACUGGCUCUCUGACGGUUUCCACUCUUUUGGGAAGCCGACCAAGAUGGUUUUCUCGCACUGCCCCCUGAUGGACAUGACGCUUUUUAUGUGUCAUGAUAUUUUUGUGCAUUUAUUUAUUUCAGGUUUAGAUCUCCAAAGUUUGCUCUCUGUUCCCCAGUGCAUUUCUGCGACAUUUCUGUGCAUGUCAAAAAAAAUGACAACUGUAAUUUAAUUUGCCUUCAGGGUGCUUCGACGCGAUCACAGUGUGAUUUACUGUGAUUACUUCCAGAUGUUUCAAAAUUGAUCAGAUCAGCUUGUGGACUGACGUAGCUCCUGAAAAAUGUACAAAACAGUCAGAAUACAGGGCCUUCACAGGAACGAAAAGCGUGGAUGAGAAUAAAGAAAGAAUUAAGCAGUGUGGGAAUUUGAUCCUCAUAGCGUGCAGAGAUCAGCUUCUCACCCACACGGAAAUUCUCAGGGCAGCCACAAGGUGUCGCUGUAUCAGUAAACCCAGUGAUGAGGGCAGGGAAACAGAGAGAGGAAGGAAGAGGACAAGGCUGCAGUUUGUCAGACAUCUGCAGACCAUCGAUAGGAGAGGUGCUGUGAGAAGCGGCUGAGAGUAAUUAAUCAGAAGGAAGUAAGACAGGCAGAGAGUGACACACAUUUACCGCGGGACGUGGGGUAACUGGGGGCCGCAGAGCAGCAUGAACUACCUGCUUGCCGCCGUCUGCCUCCUGCGAGCUUGGCGUGAUGCAAACUGCACUACGGUGACAGGAUAUGAGGGAGGUGGGGUCAGCAUCAGGUGUGACUACUCAGAAGAAUAUAAGGACAACAGUAAAUACCUGUGUAAACGUGGCUUCUUAUGUAAGAAUCUCAUUAAAACCGAUAAAAAGAAUGAGUGGGUGACAGAGGGGAGAUUCUCACUGUAUGACGAACCUAAAGGAAGAUUCUUCACUGUGAACAUCACCAGCUUACAGCUAACGGACACUGGGACAUACCGGUGUGCGGAAUAUAAAUGGUUCUGGUCUGGAACAUACACUGAAGUUUCUCUGCAGGUUCUGAAAGGGCCAAAGUCCACUAAGACCACAAAGCCAACAGUAACAGCAACAACAGCAAUAAAAGGAACAGCAACCGACACAACAAUUAUACCAACAGUAACAUCCAGUACACCGGCGAUUUUGGUGACUGCAUCAGCAAAGCCUUCUGGAAGCACAGCCCGAAAUACAACAUCACCAGAAACGCUGCUGCCCAUAACUGUGGGGCUGACUGUGGUUCUGCUCCUGCUUGGACUCGCUGUGCUGAUUGUCUACAGACAGAAGGGAAAGAAACCAGCAGCAUCUAAACCCCUCUCUGACCGGACAGAUACUGACAGCAGACACCCAGACACAAUCCAGUGUAGCUCUGAAUAUGAGGAGAUAAAAGACCAAAUUGCUGCGGUUCCCUCCCUCUAUUGCACAGCGGACUUACCUGAAAAUGCUUCUCCCAUGACUGUCUACUCCACUGUAGGUCCUUCCAAAGCCUCAUGUUCAGAUUCUGUCAGCUAUACCGCUGUCAUCUUCACUGAGAAUCAAGCCUGUACAAACCAGUCAGCUAUAAACUUCACGAAUGACUCUGAGUAUGCCACCGUCAAGCUCUAGGUCACAUAUAAAUAAUACUCAAAGAAUAUAUCUGCGAGUAUGCUGUUGUCUUUUCCCUAAAAAUGUGAAACUGUAAGGGAAUCAGCCUGUAUGAUGUAAGACACAUCUGUACUGGGAAGACCUCAGCUCGCCCUUCAACCUCUGACCUCCAACCUCUGACCCUAACCCUACCCUCACCUAUGGCCUCCAACCUCUGACCCUAACCUUACCCUCAUGUCUGAUCCCUCAGCUGGUCACUCCCAACUCCUGCUCCAGUGCUGACAUUCACGUGUUGCUGCUCAUUCAUUGGAAACUCACCAUAACAGCAGCUGAACCAAGAUAUUUCUCUAAAAAAUCAUUAUGCGGAGAUGGGGAAAAAAAUAUGCAUUAUAAUUCUAACCUUUGUCUGCCUCACAUGUUUAUGCAGAAAUGUGGGUUUGAAUCUAUUGUUUCUAGGUGGAGCUGAUUCACUGAGUACUUUCAGUGAUGCGUAACUCUGUCCAGAAUGGAUCUUUUUUUAAAUGUGUAAAUUUGUAAUAAGGAAGUCUGCUUCACUUCCUGCAUAUACGUGAUGAAAGGGCAUGUGGUGGCCAGUGGUGGUGACCUCACGUUCAUUUUCACGUCGACCCAGUCUAGGGAAAAGCCAGCCUGGAGUCUAUCCCAGUAAUCAUGGAGCAGAGUAUGUCCUGGAUGUCAUGCCUGCUUUACUAUAUGUGCAUCAGUAAAACUCUGCAUACACCAAA